GGCUGUCUAAUCAUUUUUUCCAUGACUGUAAUUCAUGAGUUAUUUCCGACCCUCAGUCCUGUCAGAAGGAGGCGCUACUGAUCCUGAAAGCUGUUUGUAAACCGCCAUUAAACAGAAGAAGAAGACGGACCGGAAGUGGGCGGGGCUUAACGACACGCUACAAAGUCGCCAGGGAGUGUUCCAGAGCAGAUCUAGAUCCAGACCAGCAGAGACCAGCGGAGACAGGACAGGAGCAGGACAGAGCGGCAUGAAGGAGGAGGAGCAGGAGCAGGAGCAGGAGGUCUCCAGUAGACCAGGACAGAGCGGGAUUAAGGAGGAGGAGCAGGAGCAGGAGGUCUCCAGUAGACCAGGACAGAGCGGGAUUAAGGAGGAGGAGCAGGAGCAGGAGCAGGAGGUCUCCAGUAGACCAGGACAGAGCGGGAUUAAGGAGGAGGAGCAGGAGCAGGAGGUCUCCAGUAGACCAGGACAGAGCGGGAUUAAGGAGGAGGAGCAGGAGCAGGAGGUCUCCAGUGGAUCACAUGUUCAGAAAUGUCCUGGAAAUCUAAAGAUUCAUCAAACAGUUCCCACAGGAGAGAAACCGUACAGCUGUGACCAAUGCGGGAAAACCUUUAUCACCAAAGACAAUCUAGGACGCCACCAACGGGUUCAUACUUUAGAGAAACCGUACAGCUGUGACAAAUGUGAGAAAACCUUUGCUCGGAGUGACAGCCUUACACUCCACCAACGGGUUCAUUCUGGAGAGAAACCGUACAGCUGUGACCAAUGUGAGAAAACCUUCAUCUCCAAAGGUGUCCUAAUAGUCCAUCGUCGCGUUCACACUGGAGAGAAACCUUAUUGGUGUGACCAAUGUGGGAAAGACUUUUCUAACUGUAGUAGCUUUAAAGCCCACCAAUGGGUUCAUGCUGCAGAGAAGCCAUUCAGCUGUGACCAGUGUGAGAAAACCUUUUCUAAGAGAAGUACCUUCAUAGCCCACAAACGAGUUCAUACUGGAGAGAAGCCAUACCGGUGUGACCAUUGUGAGAAAACCUUUGCUCGGAGUAGUUCUCUUCAUAUCCACCAGCGAGUUCACACUGGAGAGAAACCGUAUGGAUGUGACCUAUGUGGGCAAACCUUUGCUCGCAGUAGUCACUUAAAAGACCACCAACGAGCGCAUUAUGGAGAGAAACCAUACCGGUGUGACCAAUGUGGUAAAACCUUUUUUCGGAGCAGUGCACUCAUAGUCCACCAGCGGAUCCAUACUGGAGAGAAACGGUAUGGAUGUGAGGAAUGUGGAAAGAGCUUUUCUCAGAGUAGUUCCCUUAUAAUCCACCAGCGGAUCCAUACUGGAGAGAGACCGUUCCCGUGUGACCAGUGUGGGAAAGCCUUUGCUCGGCCUAGAAGCUUAAAGCUUCAUCUACGCGUCCAUACUGGAGAGAAACUGUAUAGCUGUGACGAUUGUGGGAAAAGCUUUGGACAGUCACAGGAGCUGAUACGCCAUCAACGUAUUCAUACUGGAGAGAAACCGUACAGCUGUGAUCAUUGUGGGAAAACCUUUUCUCUGAGUCAUAACUUUAAAGUCCAUCAACGCAUUCAUCCCGGAGAGAAACCAUUCAGAUGUGACCAAUGUGGCAAGUCUUUCAAUCAGCACAAUACCUUGAGUAUCCACAGGCGUGUUCACACUGGAGAGAGACCAUACAUCUGUGAAAAAUGUGGGAAAACCUUUUCUCAGAGUGCCCACCUUCAAGUCCACCAACAGGUUCACACUGGAGUGAAACCGCACUGGUGCGACAAAUGCGGGAAAAGUUUUUUUCGGACUGGAAAUUUAAAGGUUCAUCUCCGCAUCCAUACUGGAGAGAGACCUUACAGCUGUGGCCAGUGUGGGAAUGCUUUCAGUCAACUACAGCACCUGAGAAGUCAUCAACGCAUCCACAGUGGAGAGAGACCUUACAGCUGUGACCAAUGUGGGAAUGCUUUCAGUCGACUACAGCAUCUGAGAAGUCAUCAACGAAUCCACACUGGAGAGAAACCUUACAGCUGUGACCAAUGUGGGAAUUCUUUCAAUGAAAAACAGAGCCUGAGAAAACAUCAACGCAUCCACACUGGAGAGAAACCUUACAGCUGUGACCAGUGUGGGAAUGCUUUCAGUCAAAUACAGCACCUGAGAAGUCAUCAACGCAUCCACACUAGAGAGAAACCUUACAGCUGUGACCAAUGUGGGAAUGCUUUCAGUCAAAUACAGAGCUUGAGAGAUCAUCAACGCAUCCACACUGGAGAGAAACCUUACAGCUGUGACAAGUGUGGGAAUGCUUUCAGUCGACUACAGAACCUGAGAAUACAUCAACGCAUCCACACUGGAGAGAAACCUUACAGCUGUGACCAAUGUGGAAAAAAAUUUUCUCACAGUAAUAGCCUUGAAUUCCACCGACGCAUCCACACUGGAGAGAAGCCGUACUGGUGUGACCAAUGUGGGAAAACCUUUUCUCGGAGUUCUCACCUUGAAACACACCAAUGGGUUCACACUGGAGAGAAACCCUAGUGGUGAGACUAAGGCAGGAAAUCUUUUUCUCUGAGUGGUAGUUUUUUAAAAAAAAAUAAAAGCUGUUAGAGCAUUAUUAAUAGCCUUUUUCCUUUUAAUAUCCACAUCAUAAAAUUGUUUUAAGCCUUCAAUAAAAACAGUUUGCUCAUUGUGCUGUCUGAUUAAAGUUCCUGGUGUUGGUCUGUUCUCUUAAAGCCUCCUGCGACUCCCUCACUGUCACAGGUAGGAAACUCUUUGGGAUAGGCUCAAUGUUUUAUGUGAAACUUUAGUUGCUGAACUGAACAUUUUUACAGUUGAAUUAAAUGGAAAAUGUCCAGCUGGAAACCACAUCAUCCCUCAAAUUGUUCUUUGUCCUGAAUUAAUGAACCAAGAGAGGAGAUGAAACAGCAUCUCCUGCAUGUCUAAAGCAUUAUUUGUGUGUGUUUUAUACCAAUGUCAUCAUGUACUGAUUAAAAAUAAAAUGAAGUC